AUGCCGCAAAGGUGGCUCGAGACCCGAGCCACCCUAAUGGUAAUGGAGGCACUGGGCCUUUUGCCACAAGACUCCACGACCUCGUUGAGAAAGUCGGGAUAUGGUGGUGGCCAUGUUGCGGCGACCUCUCCAACCACAACAUCCACAUCAAGCACUUCAGGUGCUCCUCACAUGGGCGGUCAUGGGAGUAGUGGCGGGAGUAGUGGUGGUGGUGGAGGUGGCGGUGGGGGCGGUGGCGGAGGUGGUAGCGGCGGAAGUGGAGGUGCAGGCUAUUCGGCGUCGUCUCCAUCAGCUCACUCUCACUCCAGCUACGGCGAGCAACUUUCGCGUACCAACCUAUACAUCCGGGGCCUCAGUCCUGACACAACUGACCGCAACCUUGUUGAGAUGUGCCAAAAGUAA